UCCGACCGUAGACUCCAGUCUCCUCUCCAAAGUCCAAACGGAAAAACAAAAGAAAAAAAGAAAAGAAAACCUAAGAAAAAAUGCUACUGCCCACGACGCCGCCACCACGCGAGGGCGGCGAGACCCAUCUCGCAAACCCACGCGACACCCACACCCACCACGCGACACCCAUCUCGCCGUGACGCUGCUGCUGGCUUUGAUCUUAAAAGCAAUGCCAGACUUCUAUCAAAUGAUACCUUUUUAAAUAUUUUAUGAACAGGUUAUCACUGAAGACCAUGGUUUAACCCUUGACAAAGUUCAAUUUGAAAUGCUUGGGACUGCAAAAAAGGUGUCUGUCCUUCUUAAUGACACAAUAAUUCUACAUGGGGGUGGGGAUAAGAAGCUGAUUGAAGAAAGAUGUGCAGAGGCACCUGCAUUCACAAUAGCCUCCAAUGCUGGUUUUGAUGGUGCACUGGUUAUUGGCAAAUUGUUGGAACAAGAUAAUCAUAAUUUGGGUUUUGAUGCUGCUAAAGGUGUAUAUGUUGACAUGGUGGAGGAGAGAAUCAUAGAUCCUCUCAAAGUGGUUAGAACGGCUUUAGUCAACAUUGCCAGGAUUUGCUACUCUUCACCUCUGAAUCUAUCAAAAGGGCCGCUUUGCAAGCUAUCAGCAAUGACCAAGUUUCUGUUCCCAGUCUUAAGGACAACUCUGCUGUUGGUUGGCUUCUCUGCUGGUAGGUGACAAAUGCAAUUUCAAAGUGAACAUUGAGCUGGAGCUUGGAUUUGCCCAGAGUCUGCACAUUAUCAAGGUGCCUGAAUUGAUGGAGUGCUUGUUGAUCAACACCACCGUUUGGCUAGGCCACUGGUGAACUCGUGAGAACGAGGCUGCCCCAGAACUCUCAACUGGUUAAGCUUGUUUGCUGCCAAACUGAUUUGUGGGGUGGAUAGAAGAGUCCUGCCGAUCACUGAGCCUCUACUAUGAGAUUCAAUGUUUUGUGAAUAGCAAAUUAAAUCUUCAAAAUAUUGUCAAUAUUCUUACCUUACAAUUAACAAAAAAAGAAAAAAAAAUCUAUAUAAUUUCAAGAUCGCAUUUGAAUAUAUAAUUUAGUUUUUUUCCAAUCUCUUUUUCACGGUGAAUAAUGAUUCAAGUCAUUUGACUAAAUUUGGUUAGCUUUGUCAAUUGAGAGUCAGGGUAAAGGUGUGGGUCUCCAAUUCAACUGCUCCUGCC